AUGCAGUGUGGGGAUUGUGGUUGCAGGAUGGGUUGUGGUAGGUGUGGUUUGGUGAUGGCUGUGCUGUGGUGCUUGUGGUGGAAAGCUGUGGUGGAUGUGUUGACUAUAGUGUGGUGCAAUGAUAGCAACUUGGCACGGAAUAAGCGGCGCUCCAGCAUUGUUGUCAUCCCCCCCAUGCAAAUCUGUCCAGGCGAUCUUCUUGUGUAUUCGAAAGUGCUCACUCAAAGGACCAAUCUCUUAGAUCUAGAUGGAUCAACACAAAGUUUAGCUGUGACAGAUACAGAUCCAGUUGGAAGUAGAAAAGGGAAAAACACCUGGUCAUUACUGAGACUUUUCGAUCGUUCCAGUCGCGCCAAGUCCGAGUCGCUCUCGGGCCUGGAGGAGGUCCUCAGCUGCCUCCAGCCGAGCGAGUUCGAGGACGAGCAGCUGUCGAGGUUCAAGGGCAUGUGCUGGAACGACUUCGUGUCGUACAUGGAGGGCGGGCCGCAGGGCGACGACGAGUCCUCCAUCUCGACCGAGUCCCAGGACACGCCCCUCCUCCGCGACACGCCCUCGCACUCCUCCUUCGCGGCCCACAACAACCGCUCCCCCUUCAUCACUCCCUCCAAGGGCGACUCCCGCGCCGACGCCGCUGCCGAGAAGCUGGACCGGCUGUCGGCCCUCUCGUGCCUUGACCCCGAGACGCCCCUGCCGCGCAAGCGCCACCCGAUGACCAUCAUGCGGACCAUGAGCGAGAGGUCGCUGGACCGCGGCCGCACCAGCCAGCUCCUGAGCCUGCUGAGCGAGCGCGCCCAGGCCCGGGCGGCGACCAAGCUGGCCUCCUCCUGCAGCAAGCCCGCGCCGCCGCCGCCGCCGCCCGCGCCCCUGCCCAGCGUGGAGCGGACGCUGGAGGCGGCGCGAGAGAACGCCCGCGUCUCGCUCAACAAGAACGAGACGAAACGGCGGGAGGCCGUGUGGGACCUGUUCCAGUCCGAGUGCGCCUUCCUGUACGACCACCUCAUGGUCCUCAAGAACGUAUACAUGGAACCACUCAAGAAGAUUCAGGUGGAUGGAUAUGCCAUGUUCGCUGAGCCUGAACUCCUGUUUGGGAACUUGGACGAGCUGUGUUGUGUCACCUACGCUUUCUGCAAGGAAUUCAUCAACCUUCUUGAACAACACCAGGAGCCAGGAGGUCGGCUGGACACAACAAAUGUCUUGGUGAAACUAUUUCAAAAGGGAAGCAAAGCAACGAUGCUCUGCCAGGCGUACCAUCGCUAUGCCCUCAACUACAUCAACGCCCUUAACUACCUAGAAACACUACGACGUCAGCUGGAGUUCUGCGAGUUUGAGAAGUGGUGCAACAGAGACCCAAGAUGCAAGAAACUGCAACUGACGGACCUCUUGGUUGCACCGGUCCAGCAUAUCAUGAAAGUCCCGUUGAUUCUACGAGACAUAGAGGGCCGAACCGAAGAACCGCAGGAGAAGGCAGUUGUCAGGGAGAUCAUCGAGGCGGAGGAACACUCGCUUAGAGAACUCGACGACAAAAUGAAAUGGCUGAAGAAUUUCGAGCGAUUAUUGGAAAUCCAGAGGAACAUUGUGUGGCCUCCGGUGACUGAGCUCGACCCCAAAGUCUUCAUUCCCGAGUUCUUGAAGGGUGCCAUCUCGAAGCAACCAUGUGAACGUCUCAUAGUGUCACCAAGACGCCAGAUAAUUCUUGAAGGAUCUUUGCACUUAAUGGACAACAACAAACCCCAGGAAAUGUACGUAAUACUUUUCGACGACAUGUUACUCAUCACGCGAAGGAAGAAGGGACUACAUAAAAAGAAAUCCUCGCUGACGGAGAACUGGCCGACGUCGUGCUCGCGGGCGUCCACGACGGGCGAGUCUGCCCUGCGCUACAUCGUGUACAAGCAGCCCCUCUCCCUUGACCGCUUCUUCAUCCACGACGUUUCGCCCCACGAGUCAGCGGCGUCCAAACUCGAGGCGGCUUUCGUGCUCGUCAACCUCAACCGCUUCCAGCAGAUCGUGGCGGUGUACACGUUCCAGGCGCAGACGGAGCAGAUCAAGCAAACGUGGCUGCUGAAACUCCGCGACGCCCAGGACAAGUGGAAGCGAACUCUGCAGAACACGGUGUUCAGGACCCAGCGGCUUCCCUCCUCUGCCGCUUCGCCUCCCAAGGGCACGCAGGUCCUUCGUGAGGCCAGCAUCCACCGAGAGUAUCCUUAGGUUUCUGAGGCAUCGGCACCCUUAUUAUUACUGUUUGAUUUCUGUGUAUUCAUUCGUUUUGUUUAUUCAUCUUUUAAACCUAUGAUCGUAAGCUGUACCUGAUAUUCAAAGCCCGUGCUACGUAUUUGCUAAAAGUGUCUAAACUCUUGAGCCAUAUUCAUAUUCAGUGUUAUUUUCAUCAAAAUCCUCAAAUGUUCAUGUCAGCUAUGUCAUCAUGAGACUAGAUUCAUACGUUCAUACUGUACUUUCAUGAAAGUCCAUCCUUUUUAGAAGACACUUGUACUUCCGUGUAUAUGUAAGGUUCCUUUGAAACACUGUACAUAGAGCACCUCACUUGUAACUUAUCCAUGUAAUAUUUAGCAAUACCAUCAUGUAGAAUGGUAGGGUUGUAGUAGAUAUAUAAGAGCCCUUACCAAUGCGAUUUAUUUUUCAUAUCAAAAAAAUAUAUAAUAUAAAAAAAAAAUGAAAAAAAAAACUUUCCCAUAAAUCAAGACUUCAGAAGCAAUACAGGACAACAACAAAUCGGGGCAGAGUAUGUGUAGU